GUUUUGAAUUCUGUGGCAUCUAUUGAAGAAGGUUUUGCUGAGGAUCACACAGCCUCUCUUACACGAAGCAGCUUUCCAGAGGAUUUCAUUUUUGCUACAUCAUCCUCUGCAUAUCAGUACGAAGGUGCAGUGAAUGAAGGAGGCAGAGGGCCAAGUAUUUGGGACGCUUACACUCAGAAAUACCCGAAUAAAAUAAAGGAUCAGAGCAACGGGCAAAUUGCUGUCGAUUCAUACCACCGUUUCAAGGAGGAUGUGCAGAUAAUGAAGGACAUAGGGUUUGACGCUUAUAGAUUCUCCAUCUCAUGGUCUAGGCUACUGCCAGGUGGAAACUUAUCUAGUGGAAUAAACACUCAAGCCAUCCUAUAUUACAACAACCUUAUCAAUGAACUUAUAUCCAAAGGUUUGAAGCCUUUUGUCACUCUUGUUCAUUACGAUCAUCCCCAGAGCUUAGUAGAUGCAUAUGGUGGCUUUUUGAGUCACAAAAUAGUGAAGGAUUUUGCAGACUAUGCAGAGGUGUGUUUCAAGGCAUUUGGGGAUAGAGUAAAGUAUUGGAUCACAAUAAAUGGCCCAUCCAUUUUCUCUCUACAAGGUUAUGCAAAUGGGAAAUUUGCUCCAGGAAGAUGUUCAAAAUGGUUGUCAUUCAAUUGUACAGGUGGUGAUUCUGCUACUGAGCCCUACCUUGUCUCCCACCAUCAACUUCUUGCCCAUGCUGCUGCUGUCAAAGUUUAUAGGGAAAAGUACCAGAAUACACAAAAGGGACAAAUUGGAUUAGUUCAGGCCAUUGAUUGGGUUAUACCAUUGUCCCAAUCCCUGGCAGACAUUGAUGCAACAUCUAGAGCCAAUGUUUUCAAAAUGGAUUGGACUAUGGAACCACUAAACUCGGGUUCUUACCCUAUCGAAAUGGUUGACUCCGUGGGAGAAAGACUGCCAAAGUUUUCUAAAGAGGAAUCAGAUAUGGUGAAAAAUUCUUUUGAUUUUAUUGGCAUCAAUUAUUACUCUACGUCCUAUGCAACUGAUGCUGAAUGCCCAAAUGAAAGGAAAUCCUAUGAAACAGACUUUUGUGCUGAGCUCACAUAUGAACGAGAUGGGGUUCCCAUUGGUCCUAAGACUGCCUCAGACUGGAUAUACAUCUAUCCACAAGGAAUUGAACAAGUGUUGCUCUACAUCAAGAACAAAUUCAACAAUCCGGUCAUAUACAUAACAGAGAAUGGUUACGACGAUUUUAACGAUGGAAAAGGAUCACUCAGAGACCAAGAGAGAAUAGAGUGCCAUAUUCAGCAUCUUUCUUAUGUUCGUAGGGCUAUGUUGAAUGGAGUUGAUGUGAGAGGAUACUUUGCAUGGUCACUUUUGGACAAUUUCGAAUGGUCAGAUGGUUACAGUGUUCGAUUUGGGAUUGUUUACGUUAAUUUUACAGAUGGAUUGAAGAGAUAUCCAAAAGAUUCAGCUAAAUGGUUUAAGAGGUUUCUCCAUCAAGAAUUUGAGUCCCAAUGA